UUUGUCGUGGGUCUCUCACAGUUCUAAGGGACAAUGAACAAUGCCCGAAAAUUCCAUGCACGACUCGUCAAAGUCGGUCUUGACGCCGACCCUCUCUUCCUCCGCCGUCUCUUUGGCCUCUGCUGUCGGGAAUGCGCUGCCGCCGGCGACUCCACCAUUGCUUCUCACGCACGUGAUGUCUUCGAGCUCAUACCUUCACCCGACACGUUCAAUUACAAUGGGAUCAUCAAAUCACACUCACACUAUCCUUCCUCUGCUUCUCAAGCCCUGUCCUUCUUCUCUCGCAUGAUCUCGAAUGGUGUCCGUCCGGAUCACUACACCUUUCCAUCUGUCCUAAAAGUCUGUGCACGUGCACAUCUCGGUUAUGAACUCCAUGCGCUUAUUCUCAAGAUUGGGUUCUGCGAUUUUGUCUAUGUAUGCAACGCGUUGGUCAAUGUUUAUGGGUGUUGUGGUUAUGUGGAAUCUGCGCUCAAGCUGUUUGACGAAAUGCCUGACAAAGACUUAGUUUCGUGGUCGACGAUAAUUUCCUGCUUCGUGAAUAAUGGGUUUUGGACUGAAGCUCUCCAAUGCUUUCAACAGAUGCAAUUGGUGGAAAAUUUGAAACCCGACGAGGUGACGAUGCUUAGCGUUGUGGUUGCAAUUUCAAGCCUAGGGUCACUGGAGUUAGGGAAAUGGGUUGAAGGCUACAUUCGUAGAAAUGGUUUCAAACUCUCCGUGCCUCUAGGAACUGCUUUGAUCGAUAUGUACUCCAGAUGUGGUUCAGUUGACGAAUCUAUUAAAGUGUUCGACGAAAUGUCUCAGCGAAACAUAGCUACGUGGACUGCGUUAAUUAACGGGCUUGCGGUCCAUGGACGGGGUAAGGAGGCUUUAAAGGUAUUCUACGAGAUGAAGAAAACUGGGUUGCGACCUGAUCAUGUAAUGUUGCGUGCGGUUUUGGUUGGUUGUAGUCAUAGUGGUCUCGUUGACGAUGGUUGGAAGGUGUGGAACAGUAUUAGAGACGACUACAACAUGGAACCAAUGCUCGAACAUUAUGGAUGUAUGGUUGACUUGUUAGGGCGCGCGGGUUCACUACACGAAGCCCUUGACUUUGUUUCGAAAAUGCCCGUUAGGCCGAAUGCAGUGAUAUGGAGAAUUCUCUUGGGUGCGUGUGUAACGCAUAACCGUCUUGACUUAGCUGAGAAAGUAAAAGGGAGGAUUCAGGAGCUAGACCCUGAUCACGAAGGUGAUUAUGUGCUUUUGUCAAAUGCAUAUGGUGGAUUAGGUCAGUGGAACGAGAAGGCAAAUGUUAGGACUUUGAUGAGGGACAAGAGAAUAAGCAAAGACCCGGGCUAUAGUGUGCUCAUCGUGGAUCAGGAGUUUCACAAGUUUGUAUCCGGAGAUGAUUCUCAUCCAUUGUCAAAGGAGAUAAAAGAAUUUCUGGUUUCAAUUAUUGAUAGUGUCAGGGCAGACGGGUAUUCUUUGGGUACAACUAAUGUCUUUCACGACAUCGAGGAGGAAGAGAAGGAGAAUUCUAUUAGUUUACACAGUGAGAAGUUGGCAGUAGCAUUUUGGCUUCUUAGUUUCAGAAAUCGAAAAACGAUGAGGAUCAUGAAGAAUCUGCGCAUUUGCCACGACUGCCAUUGUUUCAUGAAGCACGUUUCUUGUAAAUUUGGUGUGGAGAUCAUAAUCCGAGAUCGGAAUCGGUUCCACCAUUUUAAAGAGGGAGCUUGUUCUUGUAAGGACUAUUGGUGACACAUUUAAACAACC